CCUCAACAUAGGCUAUGGUUGAUUUUCUGGCUCCCAUCUCACUUUCGGGUCGUGCUUGCAAACCACUGGAGACGUCAGGACUUCCUGAGUUGAGGAGCCAUGCUCGUGUCUCGCUCCCGGCUUCCUGGGCCCGUUGCAGGGUUUAUGAGCCCCCCCCUCGCCUUGGGGAGGGGGCGCCGCGCCGCGACGGCCGCAUCCCAGGCAACGUCUAGCGCUUCGAGGGCGUCUCCAGUCCCUGUGUGGAUGGAGGAAGGCUGUGCCCAAAGACCCACCACCACUUUUUCUUCAGGGCUGCCCCCUCCCUCCUUUGUUCUCUCGGCCCCGCCCCUCCCUCACUUUUGCUUGCCCAUUGGCUCAUGCAGCUUUCACUCGGGGUGGGGGACCCGCUUGGUCCCGCUCCCGGACCCUGGGUGAGAUUGCCGAGGCAGGGAGUCCCGGCGUUGCCUUCGUUCCGUUUUUGCCUCGUCCCGGGCUACGGCAGCGGCGCGAGACCGGCACCAGCCAUGGAAGAAUUAAUAGUUGAACUCCAGCUGUUUCUUCAACUUCUGGACCAUGAAUACUUGACAUCUACAGUCAGGGAAAAGAAAGCAGUUUUAAACAACAUUCUUCUAAGGAUACAGGCAACAAAAGACUUUGAGGUAAAAGAAAAUGUACAGAGACAAGAGAUUGCCAUCAAUUUACCUGCACCACCUCAGAUGCCUUUGCCAGAAAUCCCACAGCAAUGGCUGCCCCCAGAUGAUGGUCCUCCUCCAUUGCCUUCCUCUUCUCUUCCUGAAGGUUACUAUGAAGAAGCUGUGCCACUCAGCCCAGGGAAAGCUCCUGAAUACAUUACAUCCAAUUAUGAUUCUGAUGCAAUGAGUAGUUCAUAUGAAUCUUAUGAUGAAGAAGAUGAAGAUGGAAAAGGGAAAAAAAUGAGACACCAAUGGCCUUCUGAGGAAGCAUCAAUGGACCUUGUUAAGGAUGCUAAAAUUUGUGCCUUCCUUUUACGAAAAAAACGAUUUGGACAGUGGACCAAACUAUUGUGUGUGAUCAAAGAAAACAAACUGUUGUGCUAUAAAAGUUCCAAGGAGCAACAGCCUCAGAUGGAACUGUUAUUGUGUGACUGCAGUAUUACAUAUAUUCCCAAAGAUAGCAAAAAGAAGAAGCAUGAACUGAAAAUUGCACACCAAGGUCAGGAUGCUCUAGUUCUUGCUGUACAAAGCAAGGAACAGGCAGAUCAGUGGCUGAAGGUAAUAAAGGAAGUUUGCAGCACCUACGUUAGCACAGUAGAUUCAGAUGGACCAUCAUCUAAUUCUGUAUAUAAGACUGAUCUUGAAAAGAAACUGUCCUUAGAAAGACCAAGUUCUGAUGGAGAAGGUGUGGUAGAAAAUGGCAUAACCAAUGUUUGUAAUGGGAAAGAACAUGUAAAGAGGAAAAAGAGCUCAAAGGUGGACUCCAAAGCCACUGUACCUAAAGUAACAGGAAAGAAGAUAACAAAGAUAAUUGGGCUGGGGAAAAAAAAGCCAUCUACUGAUGAACAGACCUCAUCUGCUGAAGAAGAUAUACCAACAUGUGGAUAUCUUAAUGUGCUGUCAAAUAACCGUUGGCGUGAGCGCUGGUGCAGAGUGAAAGAUAAUAAGCUGAUACUCCACAAAGACAGGACAGAUCUAAAGACUCAUAUUGUUUCUAUUCCUCUCCGUGGCUGUGAAGUUAUUCCAGGAUUGGAUUCCAAACAUCCUCUGACAUUCCGCUUGCUUCGAAAUGCUCAGGAGGUUGCAGUAUUGGAGGCUUCAUCUUCAGAAGAUAUGGGCAGGUGGAUUGGGAUUCUGCUGGCUGAGAGUGGGUCAUCUGCAGAUCCUGGCACUCUGCACUAUGACUACAUAGAUGUGGAUGUGACAGCCAGUGUCAUUCAAGCUGCAAAGCAAACAUUCUGUUUUAUGAACAGACGGGUUCUUUCUACUAAUCCUUACAGAGGAAAUGCUACUAAUGGCUAUGCGUGUCCCAGUGGGAUGGCGCUUCAUUAUGAUGAUGUUCCUUGCAUAAAUGGAUCAGUAAGAAUUGACUUUUGUAGAGAACCGGAAGAUGGCUUUCCUAUUUCUUCUAGCAAAAACACAGGAGAAGAUGGGCUUUAUGAUAACAUGGGCCUGUAUGAUAAUUUGCCAUCUCCGAAAAUUUUUGCACGUUGUUCACCAGCAGAGCGAAAAGCCAAUAGGUUAUCUACUGACAAACUGUCAUCUAACCAUUAUAAACAUCCUAUCUCAUCCAAUCUGUCUUCUGCUCAGUCUGUCACUAAUACCUCUGGUGUGGGGAGGGGAUCUGUUGCACAGUUUAAAGGAAAAAAAAUGCCAAUAGCUGCAAAUGGGAUUUCAGGAAAAGGGAGAACGUUAAGUAAUUCACUAAAAAAAUCAGAAUUUGCUUCAAAUGUGAAACGUAGCAGCUCUAAUGCAGAUCAGUAUAAGUAUGGAAAGAAUCGUGUUGAAGCAGAUGCAAAGAGAUUGCAAACAAAAGAGGAGGAACUAUUGAAGAAAAAAGAAAUCCUGAGGAAUCACCUGGCUCAGUUGCGAAAAGAAAGGAAAGACCUCCGGGCAGCUCUUGAAACGAACCCUGGCCGGAAACCCCUAAUAAUCCUUGAAGAUAAAUUAAAGAAGUUAGAAGAAGAGUGUAAGUUGAAAGAGUCUGAGCGGGUGUCUCUGGAACUAGAGUUGACGGAAGUGAAAGAGAAUUUGAAAAAGGCUUUGGCUGGAGGCAUCACACUGGGAUUGGCAAUCGAGCCUAAAUCACAGAGUUUAACUGCACAGUCCCCAGUUCUAAAGCAUCAGACACUGGAGAAUUCACCCAUCUCCAGUUGUGAUACAAGUGAUACAGAAUGUUCUGUACCUGUGAAUAGUGCAAUUGUCCUGAAAAGACAUUCGUCCUCAAGCACCUCUCCAUGCCGAGGCCACGUGCUUCAGAAGGCAAAGGAGUGGGAGAUGAAAAAUGGAACAUAAAGAAGUACAAUUGCUACUAGAAUUCUGCUUUGGGUCUCUUGACUCAAGAUGAACUAAGGAAGAUUAAUCUGCACAGGGGUAUUAAUGGGUUGUCAGUUCUGUUUAGUGAAUGGUCAGUAUGCUUAAUACAGCUAAAGGGGGGGCCUUCUUGAAUGUGUCAUUUCAAAUGCAGUGAUUAUUUACUCACUUAAAGUAUGAAAGAAACAGUUUAAAUGAUUACGUAGAUGGAUCAGGUAAAACUAGCAACUGUGCUGGAUGGAAAUGGAGAUUGGCAUGUUUCAGUACCCAUUUGGAAUAUAUUUAGAUACAUUUUAAUUAUUAGAUAUGAAAUCCAAUUUUGACUCCCUGAAACUUUGCUAUAUGAAUGUGGGGAUUCACAAACUUGUAAUAUUAAUUCAAGGCUUAUGAAUUUUAUGCAAGAGAAGAAUGGAGAGUUGUAGUCUUUGCAGAAAUUACACACCUGCUGUUUUCCAUGGUGAGUAGAGAUCAGAGAAAGACUAAAUUCUUAAUGGGGAAGAGAGAUUAGAGCAAAUAGAAAGACAUCUUCAACCCCAAGUAAAAAUACCAGUCUCUUUUAAACUCUUUUUUAAAAAUGUAUUUAUUUGCUUGCUUGUUUUGAAAUGUUUUUACGGAUUUUAUUUUCAAGAAUCAAAUGGAUGCCACUUUACACAUACAAAAAAGCUCCGUAACAUAAAAACUGAUGUUUUGAAGCAAAUUUAUGAAAGAAUCAAAAACUUUUCAAAACAAAAGAAAAAUUUGGAUUCAGAAAUCCAAAAUACCACCCAACCUAAAAAUAUUUAAAUUGAUUAAUUUUAAAUUAAAAAUCCUUAAAAUUGCUACUUUCCUUCUCUAAUAAAAGCAGCAUUGAAUGUCUCCCCAAAAAAUGAAAUGGUGUUAUUUCUAAAAAUUGUUGUCUGUUAAAAAGAGACAGAAUAUUCUAAGACAACAAUGUAAAACUUGUUCUUUUCCUGCUAUAACUGUGGUUUAGGCAUGAAUCUGAAUUGUGAGUUAAGAAGUGCCUACCUGAGAAGCAUUAGGGAACACGGUAGCUCUGUGUCUUAGUUUCCAAACGCCAUUUUCAGUACCGGGAUAAUAGUAACACCACCUUUGCAGACUUACUGAGAUAGUAUUUGUGAAGUACAAUGCUUGAGAUGAUCUACAUACCUUUUCAUUACAGUCUUUCCAUCUUCAAAGAAAAUGUAAAAUGUCUCUUCAGGUAGAGUUCCACUAUUCCCUUCUGUGCAUAUGGGCUGCUCCAAUAUCAUCUGGCAUAGGAUACAACACAGCUGUACAGAGAACUCCUCCAUCGGAUAGUAAAUAGAUUUGCAGUGCUUUCGCGUCUCUUUCUCCCUUUUACAGUUCUGUUUCUUACCCAAGAGCUGUGACAAAAACCAUGGCUGGAGAGGCUCAAGUGUUUUCUCCUUUGUUCCCCUCCCUGUCAUAUUGAAGUAGAACACAGGUCACCAUGUCACGUGACGUAUCGCGACGUAUCACAGCUCUUUUUGCAUUGUCGGCAAUGGGGUGGGUGUGGCUUCAGUAUGAUGAAACCGGCCCGUGGGCUGGCAGUUUGACACCGCGGAGGUAGAAAGUCCUUACAAGAAGCUGCUGCUGAUAGAAAGCUCUGAGUAAAUGACAGAAUAGCCAGAGUUGGCUCUGUGCCCCCUGCUUCGCCAACCAUUUCUAUUAUGUUUGAGUUAGAGUAGGUACUUUAAAAGUGGCAGGAUCUCCAACUAGCAUUACUUAUGAGAACAGAGACCAAGGCACUCUAAACUAGUGACUUAUUUCUUUAUGCACCUGUACCACUCACUUUAUAACACAAGGGACAACUUGAAGAGACAAAGUCUAAGUCUAAAAUGCAUUUAUUUUUAAAGCACCUAGCCUUUUGCUAACUAGAAAGCCAGAAAGAAAGAAUUGUGGUGGGAGAGAACUGCUUGGAGAAGGACAAAUGCUUUGGGCAUCAAUCCCUUUUUAUAGUUUGAUCCCCAGCUAUGCAUUUGGAUAUAGCAUUUAUUCUUUGUAUUGCCUGCAUUCUUCAUGUCCACAAAAUGUAGGUCAUAGUAGAACAAAAGAUUUUCAGCUAGCCAUAUCCAGCUUCAGGAUGGAGGUAGGUUUUUUUUUAACCUUGGAAUGAUCUUGCUCGGUCUUUAAUAAGUUGCUUUUUUUUUAUUUAUUCUGAGAUACUUGUUCUCUAGAAUUCUCUGCCUAGUAUUAGGUUUAUUAAGCCUUUGCUGAAGACCUACAAAUGCAUUCAGGCCUUGUAUAAAUACAGUUAUUCUUUAGAUGAUUUUUUUUUAAUUUAUUAUAAUUUAAUUGUGGAGAGCUACUUUGGUAUAGUGAUUAAGACAUCAGACUAUGAACUGGGAGACUGUGAAUUUUAUUUUGCCUUAGGCAUAGAUCCUUGGGCCAGUCACUCUCCAAUGACUGACCUUGGGUCAGUCGCACUCUCAGCAUUAAGAAGGAAGCAGUGAGCAAGCCACUUCUGAAAAACCUUGCCGAGGACACUGUACAGACUAGUCCAGGCAAUCACCAGGAAUCAAAAAAUGACUCAAAGGCACCCAAGCUGUUUUGAGAAAAUUGCCUGGGAAAACAGCAUGUAGUUAAUAAACAAAUACUGGGCUGCCAUGAAAUUCAUCUGCCUGAAUUUAGGAAAAAGGCAUAUUAAAAGGCCCUUGGGUGAUAACCGCCAUAUCUAAAAAGAUUCAUCUUGCCUUUGGUGACUGGUGACUUAUUAAGGAUUAAUGUCUGCAUUUAAGUUCCAGGUAUUACACACAUCCAUGAAUUGUUCUAGUGUCCAUAAUGUAAAAUGUAAAAAUAUUACACAUCUUUACACAUCUUGAUGAUAGAUUUUCAUUUUCUAUAAGAAAGGCUGUGGCAGGAAGAUGAAUUAACAACUGAUGGUUGAGAGUCCAGUUCUGGGCAUAAUCAAAGGUAAACAGUUUUACACAGUUGUAGGGACAAUUGAUUUCAUGCAUGUCAGUUAUCUCAAAACUGUUUGCUCAGACAGAGAAUGAGAUCAACAUGGGAUCCACAAUGCAGUGUCAGUAGGCUUAGUGUGCUCAUACAUGACUUCUUUUGUGUAUUUCCUUGAAAAUUUAAUUUAUAAAGAUACAUUUAAUUUUAAAUGGUAUGUGCCCAGCUUUAUUUCCAAAAAUGUAUGUGGGCCUUACAUGCUCUGUAUCUGACUGAAAAAUCCAUCCAAAGUGUAGCCCUGCUUACUAGUUAUUUUGAAUCUUCUGAGCAGCGUAGGGUAAUUUCCAGUGAAUCCUUGUUUCCUUUUUGUGGAAAAUUGAGAGCUUCACUGUAUUUGGAAAGGAAUUGGCAUAGAAAACAGCCUAUAUUUGUGUGUACAGGGAGGAACUCUGUAUGCAGUUGGUUGUAGCACUAGCUUCUUGUUUAUGUCAGAAAGAUGGAGGAUAAGCAUUCCAUAAAUGGGGUAUAUUUUUGAGGCCCUGAAUUUACAUGCUUGAUAAUACAAUUUUUCCACUGCUGCUUCUUCUAAUAGUUGUUUGGAUAUUUUGCAAAAUGCAGUGUACUGAAAUACCUUCAAUAUAGCCCAUUGAUCUUUACUGAAAGGAAGUUUUAAACAAAAGUUAUUUUGUUUAGGCAAAUUAUUUGAAACUAAUUUAUUUAUAUGUUUGAAUAAAUGUUUAAUUUAUGGAUGUACAUAUUUAUGAAACUAGAUCUAGUUCUAAUCAACAAAUGUUUAGUAAGGAAGUGAUUUCUUUUAUGGUGUCUAUUACAUACCGCAAAACAAAGAGAAUAAUUAGAAUAAUUUUAUGAGAUAUGUCCAAUUUUAUCUUUUUGAACAUUAUUUUGAGCAUAGGGUGCAUUUUGAAUGGUAGUUGCUAUCAUUUCAUCCUUUUUUCAACUGGCCAUGCAAUGGCUGGGGAAUCUGACUCUCCAGAUGUUACCGACCUACAGCUUCCAGCAACUCUAGCUAGCCUUGUUGUUAGUUUUUUUAGUUCAGUAGCAUCAGAAGACAAUGGAUUCUCUAGGUCUGCGCAUGAGAGAUGAGCCUGUUAUGUUGCUCCAGUGGCCUUAUUCUAGAACAGUUUUAUACAUUUUAAAGAUACCUUGACUUUCAUUUGUUGGAAUCAUAUUUAAUGUCCUUGUUUGCCUAAGCAUUUCCAGAAGACCUUUGAAAUUGAAUUAAAUUUGCAAUCUAGUUUGUCUUUCUUUGCUGUAUUGCUUGUUCAGUUUCAGUUUUAUGUGUGUUUACACUUUGUUGUUCUAAGAAAUUAACACAAGCCAUUUUGAAAUAUGCUUUGAUGAAGAAUUGGCACAGAACAAUCUAAUCUUGAGGCCAGAGGAACAAUAUAAUAGUCUCUUCUAGGGGUAAAGGUGUGGUGUGUACAAAAAAAGUAUAUUUCACUGGUCCAUUCUCUUUUCCCAUCAUGCAGUUCACUAUCCUUUUGCAGGCUUUUGUUCAUAGUUAGGAAGCCUUUAUGAAGUCAUUCAUCAGGCUGCCUUGGCAAUGGUGCUCCCAGCAACUUUUAAAAAGUUUUAUAUACAUUGUAUUUCUACACUACUGUACAGGGACAUUUUACAGAUUUAAGUUGCAAUGGUAUUGUUUUAAAUUUUUGUUAGGAAAUCAUAUUUGAUGUCAUAGGGUUGGGAUAUGAAUAUAAUUUCAAUGUAUUUGGGGAAUGAGCAGUUUUUUUUAAAAAAAAAACUAUAUUUGCAACAUUUUAAUACUAAUUUUAUAUCAGUCUUCUAAUAUUACUUACUGCACCUACCAAUUAAUCGGAAUUGUCUAAUCCAAAAUAUUCAUAUGUUAAAACUGUAAUUUCCUACUGUAUUUUUUAAAUGAAAACAUAUUUCAGUUCUCCAAGCAGGUGAAACGUAUCAGUAAGAGGAACCCUCUUCUCUAUAUUUAUUUUAUGUCUCCUGUAUUUUAUUAUACUGCUUAAUGUUUUUCCUGUGUUCCUCAAAGUUCAGCUGUUAGAAAUUAAAUGCUGAAUUAGUUAAACCUGCAGUUUAACUUUGGAGAAAACACCUUUAUAAAUAAAUUCCAAAUGAAAGAAAAAAUGCCAACGAGAAACUUCGGCCUCAUUAGCUAUGAUUUAUUUUUACCUUUCUGUCCCCCAAAUGUUACGACAGGCACCUUUUUUGGUGUAACGUUUACUUCUUAUUAAUAAAGAAAAAU